AUGUUUAGACAGGCUAGUGCUGCUAUCAAAAAUCGCGUCAUCAUGUCUCAACAGCAGGUUCGCUCGUUUGGAAGCCUCGUUUCUCCAAAGGAACUCAAGUCGGCACUCUCCAGUGUCAAAGUGCUCGAUGGAUCUUGGCAUAUGCCGAACACCAACCGUGAUCCAUAUCAAGAAUUCCUCAACAAGAGAAUCGCCGGCAGCCAGUUUUUCGGCAUAGAUACUAUCAAGGACACUUCCAGUGACCUACCUCAUAUGCUGCCCUCACCAGAUAACUUUGCGGAUGCUGUGGGUAGAUUGGGAAUCUCUCAAAAUGAUCAUGUCGUAGUUUACGACACUGCCGGCGUGUUUUCCGCAUGUCGAGUUUAUUGGACAUUUAAGGCAUUUGGUCAUGACUCCAUUUCCGUACUGAAUGGCGGUUUACCAGCAUGGGAAAAGGCAGAUGGUCCUCUUGAAACUGGCUCUCCUGAGCCCGUGAAGCCUCAAGUGUACAAAGUGUCCCAUGUCAACAAGGACAUUGUUCGUGAUUAUGAGACAGUCUUGUCCAAUGCUCGCAACAUUCAGCAAGGCAAGGACGGUGCGCAAGUAUUGGAUGCUCGUCCUUAUGCUCGCUUUAUGGGUGAGGCUCCUGAACCACGUAUCGGCUUGAGCUCAGGUCAUAUGCCUGGCUCUAUUAGUGUUGCAUUUAAUGAAGUGGUGGAGUCUGGUCAGAUGCUUGAUGAUGACAAGUUGCGUACAGUGUUUAAAUCAAAGGGCGUUGACGUUGACAAGGAGAUCAUCACCAGUUGCGGAAGCGGUAUUACUGCAUCCAUCUUGUAUUUGGCUUUGGAAAGGAUUGGUGCUCGCAAAUUGGCUGUAUAUGAUGGCAGCUGGACCGAGUAUGCUGCAAAGGAUGAUGCGUUGAUCAUUAAAGACUAA